GACGACCGGUUCCGGCUUGGGGACGGGGGUGCGCAUGCGCAGUGCGUCGCCCUCGUCGGCGCGCUUCUCCGGCGUUUCUGUUCCGAUCGCUUCUUCAUUGUUUUUUCUGAGGGUCGAGGGUGGCGGCGCGUCGAGCCGCACGCGAGCGAAAGGGCACCGUGGAACGGAGAAGGGCCGAAAGCAUGGCAGAAAACAGAGAACCCCGUGGUGCCAUCGAGGCCGAGCUGGACCCCGUGGAGUACACCCUUCGGAAACGACUUCCUCACCGCCUGCCCCGGAGGCCCAAUGACAUUUAUGUCAACAUGAAGACUGACUUUAAGGCCCAGCUAGCCCGCUGCCAAAAGCUGCUGGACGGAGGCAGUAGAGGGCAGAACGCAUGCGCUGAGAUUUACAUCCACGGCUUGGGCCUGGCCAUUAACCGCGCCAUCAACAUCGCUCUGCAGCUGCAGGCAGGCAGCUUCGGGUCCCUCCAGGUGGCUGCCAAUACCUCCACCGUGGAGCUGGUGGAUGAGCUGGAACCAGAGACUGACUCCCGAGAGCCACUGACCAGGAUCCGGAACAACUCAGCCAUCCACAUCCGGGUCUUCAGGGUCACACCCAAGUAAUCGAAGCGGACUCUCACCCAUCAGUUCCUUUGCACACACACAUCCAGGCUCCGUGUGGCUGAGGUUGCUGCUGGUUCGUAUGGCUCUUGUUCUGGGCAUGGGCCUGUUGUCAGAGCCUUGUAAGAAAACACAUGUUCCCUCAGCCUAGAGGACUGUAAAUGGAGAGCCAAGAAGUGAAUCCUCCUUGUCCUGUACAAUAAAAGUAUCGAGUUGUGUUGGU